CCCCUUGCGGUUACUUCUCAACAGAGGAGUCGGAGAGACAUUGAACGAAGCGGCAAAGUUUCUUCGAACUCUUUUUUCAACGGCUUAUGAUGUUAUGAAGAAAUGGACCGAAUAUCUCUUCUGCCAAAAACUAUACUUCAUGACAUUCUUGCAAGGUUGCUGUCAAAUGAAUGGAGAGACACAUGCAUAUAACAGGAAGAAUCCAUUUGGGGACAUAGAAUUUGUGGAAUCCUUAUUCCUGCAUGGUCUACAAAAGCUAAAGGAAGCUGAUAUUCAAGGAAUACAAGAGUUUAUGUAUGAGCUGCUGAUGGACAGAAAAAAGCAGGAGUUGUUUGACUAUUUUGGUGAUACAAAGCGUUGGUGGCAUGACUUGAAGAUUGUCAAGGUCACAUACUCAUUCAACGUUGACGAGAGCGUUGACUUUAAGACCACGCUAAAUGCAUUAUUAUUGCCAUUGGCUGACCCGGAAUCUGUUAGUUUUAGCUUAGAAUUAUAAUAUUCUUAUUAUCACCUGGUACAUAUUCCUAAUUAGAUUUACAAUUUUGAUGUUACCACUAAUCAAGAUUUGGGUAUUGUAUUGAGUAUUUUUCUUCCAAGGUUUUAUACUUACACCAAUUAAUAUUUUAUUCCUUGUUGAUUGUGA